GAAUAUAUAAAGAGAAACACAGCGCAUGGUGCGUCAGUGACAUCCCCUGUGGAAGAGAUAGAAAAAGGCGAGUUAGUAGUGAAAUCGCUCGGUUAUCCGUGGGCCUGUUCCGUGUGGUGCACAACUUCAUUUCAUAACUGGUUGUGACAAACAAAUCUCAUGGUGACCAUGAAGCUGUUUGCCUUGGUGUUGCUGGUGUCUGCCAGCGUAUUUGCUGCUGAUGAUGAUGACAAGAGGGAAGAUGUUGGGACUGUGGUUGGAAUUGAUUUGGGAACAACAUAUUCCUGUGUUGGUGUGUUUAAAAAUGGGCGUGUUGAAAUUAUUGCCAAUGACCAGGGUAACCGUAUCACACCCUCUUAUGUGGCAUUCACACCUGAAGGUGAGCGUCUCAUUGGAGAUGCUGCAAAGAACCAGCUUACAUCUAAUCCUGAGAACACUGUGUUUGAUGCCAAGCGUCUGAUUGGCCGCACGUGGAAUGACCCUUCUGUUCAACAGGACAUAAAGUACCUGCCUUUUAAGGUCAUUGAGAGGAAAACUAAACCUUACAUUCAAGUUGAUAUUGGAGAUCAGAUGAAAACAUUUGCCCCAGAGGAGAUUUCUGCUAUGGUGCUGGUUAAGAUGAAGGAAACUGCAGAGGCUUACUUGGGCAAAAAGGUUACUCAUGCUGUUGUCACUGUACCUGCUUAUUUCAAUGAUGCACAGCGUCAAGCAACCAAGGAUGCAGGGACUAUUGCAGGGCUGAAUGUCAUGAGGAUCAUCAAUGAGCCAACUGCUGCUGCCAUCGCUUACGGUCUGGACAAGAAAGAAGGAGAGAAGAACAUCCUUGUGUUUGAUUUGGGUGGUGGUACUUUUGAUGUUUCCCUACUUACCAUUGACAAUGGUGUCUUUGAAGUGGUAGCUACUAAUGGUGAUACUCACCUUGGAGGAGAAGACUUUGACCAAAGAGUAAUGGAGCACUUUAUCAAACUGUACAAGAAGAAAACUGGCAAGGAUGUCAGAAAGGAUAAUAGAGCUGUACAGAAACUUCGCAGAGAGGUUGAGAAAGCUAAGAGGGCGUUGUCAUCCCAGCAUCAAUCCAGAAUUGAGAUUGAGUCUUUCUUUGAAGGGGAGGAUUUCUCUGAAACUCUGACAAGAGCCAAGUUUGAAGAGUUGAAUAUGGACCUGUUCCGUUCCACUAUGAAGCCAGUUCAGAAAGUCCUUGAUGAUGCUGACCUAAAGAAAUCUGACAUUGAUGAAAUUGUGCUUGUUGGGGGCUCCACUCGUAUCCCAAAAAUCCAGCAAUUGGUAAAAGAAUUCUUCAACGGCAAGGAGCCUUCCCGUGGUAUCAAUCCUGAUGAGGCUGUUGCCUAUGGUGCAGCUGUUCAAGCUGGAGUGCUUUCUGGUGACCAGGAUACUGGUGAUUUGGUUCUUCUUGAUGUGUGCCCACUUACCCUUGGUAUUGAGACUGUCGGAGGUGUAAUGACAAAACUCAUCCCCAGAAACACUGUUGUACCCACCAAAAAGUCACAGAUCUUCUCUACAGCAUCUGACAACCAGCCCACUGUCACCAUCAAGGUUUAUGAAGGUGAGCGUCCAUUAACAAAAGAUAACCAUCUUCUGGGCACAUUUGAUUUGACUGGAAUUCCUCCUGCACCCCGUGGUGUUCCCCAGAUUGAGGUUACUUUUGAAAUUGAUGUGAACGGUAUUCUGAGAGUUACUGCAGAGGACAAGGGCACUGGCAACAAGAACAAGAUUACCAUUACAAACGAUCAAAACCGUCUAACACCUGAGGAAAUAGAAAGGAUGGUGACUGAUGCUGAGAAAUUUGCCGAAGAAGACAAAAAGCUGAAAGAGCGCAUUGACACCCGGAAUGAAUUGGAGAGCUAUGCCUAUUCUUUAAAGAACCAGAUAGGUGAUAAGGAGAAGCUUGGAGGAAAACUUUCUUCUGAAGACAAGGAAACCAUUGAGAAGGCAGUAGAAGAAAAGAUUGAGUGGUUAGAAAGCCACCAAGAUUCUGAUAUUGAAGAGUUUAAGGCCAAAAAGAAGGAAUUGGAAGAAAUUGUUCAACCAAUUGUAGGCAAACUAUACGGUGGAGCUGGGGCACCCCCUCCAGAAGGUGCAGAGGAGACUGAGAAGGAUGAGUUGUAGGCCAUUGGUGUGCCUCUGGCUGCUGUAAUAUUGUAAAUACUGGACUCUGAACUUUUUUUUGUUGAGAAAAAAUAUUUGGGGAAAAAAACUUUAAUAUACAUGUGGAUUCUUCACCUCCUGGUGGAGACAUGUUAAGCCGUUAAUGGCUCUACUGCUUUUUGUUAGCAGUCUUCUCACCCAGAUCAUUAUUUUUGUUCAACUGUUUGCCCGGGGAGGGAGGAGGGUUUGGAAUUAGGAAAGUGUUGGGUCAAGCUUUGUUUCAAAGUUGCUCUAAGAUGUCUUAUUUAUUUGCAAAAUGGUCCUGCAUUCUAUGUAGAACUUUUUCUACCAUCAUUGACCAUAAUAAAUGUUUGAUAAUUAA